AUGGCUGCCAUUUUUGAUAUGACACGUCGUGUGACGAUGGUAGACGAUAAUGAGCUCAAAGCUAAGAUUGAAGCAGAUGAAAGAGAUGAAAAGUUAGAUGCAGUCUCUCAGUUGCUACAGAGUCCCAAAGCUAGAAAGACAAUUGAAAAGCUUCCGGAAAAAGUUCUUCAACAAAUAUUUUCGUAUUUACCAUCACAACAGAUUCUACAAGUGGGAACAGUUUGUAAGCGAUGGCGUCAAGUAUCAAUGAAUCCAGGACUCUGGAAGUUUGUAUCCUUCCGCCCCGCUUAUGGUGGAAUUUCAGUCAGAUAUCCAGAGACCAUUCCUACUAUCAUUGGAACCAGUUUCUCUGAUUUACGGAUUGUCGAGCUGGCUACAGAUCUUAUAAAUCCUAAUGUACUUCAUGAAUUAGCCAACAAAUGUCAGAAGUUACAACAUAUAACCUUAGAUUUCUCUACGGCCAUGCAGUUGCAUGAUUUCACAGAUUUACAAUGUUUCCCAUCAAGACUUAAAUCUUUAACAUUGUGCUUAUCUGAGAACAUCUUUUUGGAAGGAUUUUUACGAAAAGCUUAUACAUUCAUAUCAUCUGUUCAAAUUCUGCACAUAAUUGGAACUUAUGAAAAGGUUGAGGAUGAAGAGGAAGAAGUUUAUGAAACUGUUAAUAUUUAUAAAUUAAAACAGUUCUUACCUAAUCUUGUUGUUGUCAAUCUAUGGGGGGUUCCAUUCAUUACGGAUGAACAUGUUGAUGCCAUAUCCUCUAAUUGUGCUCAUUUGGAAUGUUUAUGUGUAAACUAUUGUUGUAAGGUGACGGGUAGUUGUUUGAAAUUGGUACUUCAACGAUGUCGCAAACUGAAAACAUUAUAUUUAGCUCAUACAAAAUUAGACAAUAAUGUUAUUAAACAGGUAGAAUGGGAGAAAACACGUUUAGAAGAGCUGGAUAUCAAAGGAACUGAGCUCUCUACUGAAUCUAUUAUAUAUAUUCUCACCCGUUUGAAUCAUUUAACAUGGCUUGAUGCUGGCUUCUUAGAAAACAUGAACGACUCUGUUUUGGAAAGUUGGAUGCAGUCAAAUGCUAUGAACAACUUACGGUUCCUCGGAUUAGAUACAUGCGAUUCACUCAAUGAGACAGCUCUGACCGAUCUGAUUAUUCGCUACGGUAAACAGUUAGAAGGACUCAUUCUAGGAGGACAUCAUAAGUUGUUAGAAUACUUCUGGAUGAAUAUGAUACCUCAGUUGAGAAACAUAAAAGUUCUUGUAAUGGGCAUAGCCGAAGACUGUUGUCCUAAAGUUGUAGCAAAGAUACAUAUUGAUCAGUUUAUUGACUGUAUCGCACAAAAUUGCCCAUCAUUAACACGCUUAGAGAUUCGUUGGGACGACGACACCCUUCGCUUUUCUGAUAAAUCAAGCAAGUUCAUUGAUGUGUUGCGCAUGAAAUGUCUCCGGUUGCACUCGAUUGUUCUGAGUGAUGGUCAGUAUUACGAGCUCGUUCGCUCGAAUUUCGAAAGGGCUGACAGGAUGUCAGUCGUAAGAACUACGGAAAUGUGUAGAACCGGAUUAUUGCAUACAUCAAAAUUCUUCAAUCAGCUACUCUUUAAUUAG